UGCCGUCGCAGCUCCGGGCUCCACCGGUGCCCCUCCGCCGCUGCUGCCCGUUCAUAUAACACAGCCGUGUGUAGAGUUAUCAGUCUGCAAGGGAAAAAAAAAUGGCGAACGUGGUGCUGGAGUUCAAGGCUUCUGCCGGGGACUCCGAGCCACAGAGUCGCCCUGUUCUGAUCAUUGGGCAGCACACUAGUCUGCAGCAAGUCAACUGGAGCCAGAUCAAAGGGAAGCUGCAGCCUGUUGUGACCAAAGAGAUCUGGCAGGCGGCUCUCAGUGCUUUGAACCCGAACCCCACAGACAGCUGCCCUCUGUACCUCAACCAUGCUGCGGUGGCUGCUCUACCCUCCCGGGUCAGCCGGCACAACAGCCCAUCUUCUGCCAACUUUGUGUCCCGCCUGGUCCGAUCCUGCCUGCCCGGAGGGAACAACCGCUGCAUCGUGAUGGUUUGUGAGCGUUCAGAUGUGUUCGCAUCCUCCUGCGCCAUCUCCAGGGCCUUCCCAAUCUUCUCUCGGCGCUCAGCCUCCUCCCGCAGGACUGAGAAAAAACACGUCACUGUGGAGUUUGUGAUCGUUGGGCAAGAGAGUAGUGCUCUGGAUGCCUCAGAGCUCAAGUGCCUCUCCAAUGCUGCUGAUGGUGUGCGCCUGGCUGCUCGCAUUGUGGACACUCCAUGCAACGAGAUGAAUACAGAUCACUUCUUAGAUGAAAUCAAGGCUGUGGGAACUGAACUUGGAAUUACUCCUGUGAUCAUUCGUGGAGAAGAUCUGAAGCAGAGGGGUUUCGGAGGUAUUUAUGGAGUUGGAAAAGCAGCAGAGCAUGGACCUGCAUUAGCAGUGUUGAGCCACACACCGGACGGUGCGACCCAAACCAUCGCAUGGGUGGGCAAGGGCAUUGUGUAUGACACUGGAGGACUCAGCAUCAAGGGAAAGACCACUAUGCCAGGCAUGAAGAGAGACUGUGGUGGAGCUGCUGCCAUCUUGGGAGCUUUCAAAGCUACUGUUAAACAGGGCUUUAAAGAUAACCUCCAUGCAGUGUUUUGCCUCGCAGAGAAUGCUGUUGGACCCAUAGCCACACGGCCUGAUGACAUCCACACUCUCUACUCUGGAAAAACCGUGGAGAUCAAUAACACGGAUGCAGAAGGCAGGCUGGUGUUGGCAGAUGGAGUAGUGUAUGCCAGCAAAGACCUGUCAGCUGAUAUCAUCCUGGACAUGGCCACUCUGACGGGGGCACAGGGAAUCUCCACAGGAAAGUACCAUGCAGCUGUGAUGACUAACAACGAGCAGUGGGAGGUUGCGUGUGUGCGUGCCGGCCGCAGCAGCGGAGAUCUCGCUCACCCUCUGGUCUACUGCCCUGAGCUGCACUUCAGCGAGUUCACCUCUGCCAUGGCAGACAUGAAGAACUCUGUGGCAGACCGGGAGAAUGCCCAAAGCUCCUGUGCUGGCCUCUUUAUUGGUUCCCACUUGGGCUUUGAUUGGCCUGGAGUCUGGGUCCAUGUGGACAUUGCCUCACCUGUCCACGCUGGAGAGCGUGCCACAGGCUUCGGUGUUGCUCUGCUAAUGGCCCUGUUCGGUCAGGCGUCGGAUGACUCCAUGCUGAACCAAGUGUCUCCUCUGGGUGCAUCCACAAAUGUGUGUGAGGACCAGAUGGAGCGUGACUGCAAGAGACGAAGGCUGGUGUAGAACAGACAUGAUGCUCGGUUUAACCCUGAUCUGUCAGAUGCCACCACAGUCUUUUUGUAGAAGCAAGAGCUCCAAACAUUUUAAACUGUAAUCCCUGUGUUUGAAUUUGACUUCACUAAAUAAAAACAGAUAAUCAUCAGUAAAUCCGGUGUGUUAUACGUGAUUGUAAUCAACACAGGCUGUCAAUUUCCUCUUGUUCUCAGUGCAGUAUUAGAUCUAAAAACAGCAAGUGAUGUGUCUUCAUGACAGAAAAAAGUAACAGCUGUCUAAAAAGUGGCUCUUUGGUAAUAUUUUACAGUUAUGUCUUAAAUGUAAACCAAGGAUUCUGCCAUUCAUGUUAUCUUACACAUUGUAAAAAAUACUGGAUCAUCUAGGUUGGAGAUUUCUGUUUUAGUCACCACUGCACUUUGUAUUCACUCUGUGUAUCUUUUUGUUGUGUGACACAUAGAUCAAAUGAAGGAAUGAAUGCUUACACACACUUUCACAAUGUUGUCAGAUAAAUAAUUGACAAACAGUGUCACAUAGUUUUGUCAGCACAAUACAACUGCAAGUAUUAUAAAGUGCAAGUAUGAUGUUUUUCCAACCUCGUGACAAUCAUGUUGUCCUUCAAUAAAGGCGGUGCCACCUAA